UUUCUCUCCUCAGAUCUGGAAGGGAAGGCAUUUGUUUUCCCAGCAGAGUCAAACACUGCACAUGCAGUCUUGAAGACCACAAUCCAACAGCCCUUGACUAGCUUCACACUGUGCUUAAGACACUACACAGAAGUGAACCGCGCCCAAUGCCUCUUCUCUUAUGCAAGCAGAAGGAAUGACAAUGAGAUUGUCCUCUUCAGAAACAAUAUCAACGAUUACCGCCUCUAUAUGGGGGGGCUUACCUAUGUAACCUUCAAGGUUCCAGAAACAUUAACCACCAACUCUAUUGGGGGGCACCUCUGUGUAAGCUGGGAGUCCGCCACAGGCUUAGCGGAGCUCUGGGUGAAUGGGCAGCCUUUGGUCCGGAAGAGUUUGAAGAAAGGUCACUCUGUCGGUGCUGAAGGAUCUGUUGUUAUUGGGCAAGAACAAGAUAGCUUUGGAGGUGGCUUUCAAGCCCAUCAAUCCUUCGUAGGGGAGAUCACAGACGUGUACAUGUGGGACCGUGUUCUGCGCCCUGAUGAAGUGGUCCUUGCCUGGCACAACCACGCUCUUCCUGACUACCUGAUUAACUGGAGAGCACUUAGUUACGACAUCAAAGGCUACGCCAUGGUUAAGCCUGCCUUGCUGUCUGUCUACAGAGCUGGGUAG